GAUGUUUACAUGCCAGAUGGUGCUGCACAACUACUUUAAUCCGGUCUGACUUUCCUCAAACGAUGGCGGACACGGACCUUAAUGUUGACAGUAUUAUUUCGCGAUUGUUAGAAGUGAGAGGAUGUCGACCUGGGAAAUCUGUGCAGAUGACCGAAGCAGAAGUAAGAGGUUUAUGCUUAAAAUCCAGAGAAAUAUUCCUUCAACAACCAAUUCUGCUUGAACUAGAGGCACCCCUGAAAAUUUGUGGUGACAUUCAUGGCCAGUAUACAGAUUUGCUUAGGUUGUUUGAGUAUGGAGGUUUCCCUCCUGAAGCAAAUUAUCUAUUCCUCGGCGAUUACGUGGAUCGCGGAAAACAGUCCUUAGAAACCAUUUGCCUUUUACUUGCUUAUAAAAUCAAGUACCCUGAAAAUUUCUUUUUGUUAAGAGGAAAUCAUGAGUGUGCCUCCAUCAACAGAAUUUAUGGUUUCUAUGAUGAGUGUAAACGUCGGUACAACAUAAAACUAUGGAAGACUUUUACCGAUUGUUUCAACUGUCUUCCAAUCGCUGCCAUAAUUGACGAAAAAAUCUUUUGUUGCCAUGGAGGCCUAAGUCCUGAUUUACAAAAUAUGGACCAAAUUAAACGUAUAAUGAGGCCGACCGAUGUACCUGACACUGGCCUUCUUUGUGACUUGUUGUGGUCCGAUCCCGAUAAAGAUGUGCAGGGAUGGUCUGAAAACGACCGUGGAGUUUCCUUUACAUUCGGAGCGGAUGUUGUCAGCAAAUUUUUGAAUCGCCAUGACCUUGACCUGAUUUGCAGGGCUCAUCAGGUUGUCGAAGAUGGUUACGAGUUUUUUGCCAAGCGUCAACUGGUGACUCUCUUCUCGGCGCCAAACUAUUGUGGGGAGUUUGACAAUGCGGGAGGCAUGAUGAGCGUCGACGAAACACUCAUGUGCUCUUUUCAGAUACUGAAACCCUCGGAGAAAAAGGCAAAAUACCAAUACUCUGGUAUCAACGCUACAAAGCCGAACGCAGCUGCCAACAAACCAGUGCCCAAAAAGAAAUAGUAACCGUAGCAGUUGCCUAAUCCUAUUGAAUAUUUUGAUCGACUUAACCUUUCGGCCAGAAUGUGGUGAGGGAUCCAUAAAUGCCCAAUUUUUCCCCUUUUUUAACAGUUCUUCUUCCUAUUUCUGUUGCCCUCUCGUCACAAAAUUCGAAGACAGCGUAACUCCUUCGCAUGCUCCGCCAACGUCUUCGUUUUGUUUUUUUUUCGUUACUUACCAUAUCUUUUUUUUCUAUUCAUUUAGUGUAUAUCCUCUGUAAAUCAAACAAAUAAACAUGGUAUCAGCAAAAA